AGCUCCCGAAAACAGCUUGGCAUUCAAUGAGUUAAUUUGUUUUAACAAUAGGCUCUUGCUGGCCUGUCACCUAUGGAAAAUAAUGUCACUCUAAUGCUAACCAAAUUCACCACUAGAGUGUGCUGUUGGAUAACAUUUUCCAAUGUUGAACGCUUCAAGAGAUUUAGCCUAUUCUUCACAGUUAAAUGCCUAGGCUACAAGAAAUCAAGAGCGAUUUUCAUUUUGGAGCAAAGUUUUAACAAAGGAAAGAAAUAAUUUACAGAAAUAGUGUUGACAAGAGUUUAAAAGAAAUUAUAUAAAUAGUUUAGAAACUGUCAUUAAGACAACAACUUGCAUCUUAAGACCGUUUUAAAUUGAAAUGCAGCAUCUUGUUUGGUCGCAUGCCAACUGUUUUCUGUUUAAAGCAUCUGAUUAAAAGCUCACAACAAUGUAAAUGAUACCGCAUGACAGUGAAGAAUGUAUGUGUGUGUGUGUGUGUGAGUGAAAGGUUGCACAAGUUGGACAGGUUUGCCCAGUGGAUGCAUGCUCAAACAGCUGAAGACAGCUGGGUGUGUCAAACAAGGUGGGAAGAGGACAGAAAGAACGAUAGACAGAGAAGAGGACAGCCUGAAAAGCAUUCAUUGAUCUCGACCACAGUGUAGAGAACAAAAGGAGAAAACACUACAGUGAUAUUGACCUGCACGUCCGUCAACGUUUUGCUGUCCAGCUACAGGCUUGGCCUCAAAAGGACUCGGAGGAAGCCUCAACACCAACAUCCUCACAGGCCACUGGUGUAUGUAUCAAAUUGGAUGAAAGACUUUCGUUCUUGGCGUUUGGUGUCUCUCUGAAGUGGACAGCUCAUAAGACGAGCAGAAGUGGAGUAAAACGAGAGGAAAGGAGGAGGAGGAACACAUAACAUGGCAGAGGCACCCAAGAUCGAACUGUUCAUCAAGGCGAGCGAUGAUGGAGAGGGCGUGGGAAACUGCCCAUUUUGCCAGAGACUCUUCAUGAUCCUCUGGCUGAAGGGUGUUCAUUUCACCCUCACCACUGUUGACAUGAAGAGGGCUCCAGAGGUGCUCAAAGAUUUGGCCCCAGGGUCACAGCCUCCUUUCCUUAUCUACAACGGAGAGGUACGCACUGACACCAACAAGAUUGAAGAGUUUUUGGAGGAGACUCUGGCACCCCCCCAGUUUCCCAAGAUGAGCUGUCGCUACAAGGAAUCCAAUGGUGCUGGGGAUGAUAUCUUUCACAAGUUCUCUGCAUAUAUCAAGAACCCAAAUCCUGGACUCAAUGAAAUGUUGGAGAAGAAGUUUCUGAAGAGUCUGAUGAAACUGGAUCAGUACCUUCUGACUCCGCUCCCAUAUGAGCUGGACAAGAACCCAGACUCGUCAGUGUCGACACGAGAUUACUUGGAUGGAAACGCUCUCAGUCUUGCUGAUUGCAACCUGUUACCCAAGCUGCAUAUAGUCAAGGUGGUGUGUAAAAAGUACCGAAGCUUUGAGAUUCCUGCUGCUCUGACUGGUCUGACCCGCUACCUGGCUAAGGCUAACGAGCAGGACGAGUUUCGCUACACCUGCCCCAAUGACUCAGAGAUUUUGCUGGCCUAUCACUCCGUGGCCAAAUACCUCAACAAGUGAUUUAGGAUCAGGGCACAGCCAGGCAGGAACAGGAACACUGGAAUGUACAGGAGAUCAUAAACAUUGCCACAACAACAAUAUACUACUACUACUAAUAGUAUAUAUUGUAGAUCAAAAUUGUAAUUUAUAACUGUCAUGAAAUUUACCAUAUAAGCACUGUAUAAUUAGGUAAAAACCCUAAGCACUGAUGAUCACACUGUAGUAGGCUAGGCAUUUGCUGUGCCUGGUAGACUUGUGGCAACAACAUUAUUCUGAAAACACAUUGAAAACACCUCAAUAUCAAUGGGUACCUGGACAAAAUGCUAAAUCAUUUCUUGCCAUUGUUCCUAAAUACAUUAUCAUUGCAGUUUACAGGUUUUUAUUUCUUUGGCAACAAAUUACAGCUUUAGGUAUAUUACACCUUUAAAGUGAACAUUGGAGAUUUCAUAGUUUUGGAAAUUAUUUCACUGUGGCAAAAACAAUUUCUAACUCCUAUUUUGGCUGAUAAAGAGACAGCUUUCUAUGGGUGUGAUGGUUCACGCAGGCAUUGUCAUUUCUCAAAGGAAAGGAAGGAGGUGGUAAGGUCUGUUCUCAUCUUUCUGACUGCUACCUAUCCAGAAAAUAUAUUCCUCUGACUGAGAAACAGCCUUUGAACGCUAACAUAAGAAAUAAAGUGAGCCAACAGAAAAUAUUUGUGUCACCUUUACUGUAUUAUAGACCUACUUAUAAAUCAAUCAUAAUAAAGUUUUUCAUUAC